UCAGCUGCUCCAUUCGUUUGCAGACCUGCGUUUACUUGCAGUGCUCCAGUAGUUAAAACCAGAAAAAAGCAAAAAUUCUUUCUAACCAGUACCAUCCUGCCAGUAUCCAAACCGGUGAGCCUGCCGUCUGAGAACCUGCCUUCCAUGGUUCAGCCUGGUGCCUCGGCGCCCACAAUUCAGCCUGAUGUCUUUACCCAGCCUGAUGCCUCUACCCAGCCUGAUGAACUGAUCCAGCCUGAUGAUCCUAUUAUGCCAGACGAUCCGGUACCUGAUGACCCGGUGCCCGCUGUCAUGCCUGGUGACCCGAUGCCCGCUGUCAAGCCAGACGAUCCAAUGCCUGAUGACCCAGUGCCCGCUGUCAUGCCUGGUGACCCGAUGCCCGCUGUCGAGGCAGACGAUCCAAUGCCUGAUGAC